AUGGUCAACUAUUUGAAAAUACAAUGUGAUCUCACCAUUACAUUUGAUGGUGGGAAGGUCCAGAAGCCCAAAUCAUUCUACACUGUCCAUGUCACCACCACUGAACGGCAAACAUUUCUAUUCAAGCUUGAUGAUGCAUUGAUGCUCAGUCAUACAGCUCAUUAUAUUUGGGAGUUGUUGGAAAGUGUUAUUCUUGAUAUUAGACCCUUUCAGUUCUCUGGCUCAUCAUCAGAUGACAUGGGAAACACGAAAAAUAGCCACAGAGAUUUGUUGGCAAAACGGCCCUAUAUACUAAACCUCCAGGAUGCAUGUCAUUUGCUAUCGCUAUGCAGCAAGCAAAUAUGCCAGCUGCCAGAGCUCAAAGAGAUGAUAUCAUAUGGCUCGAGAUUCAACUCUUCAAUGAUGUUAUUGUACUCACAGAUUUCUGAUCAUCUGAGAAAGGUUCUAUCAUUCAUGGAUAAGUCAGGCUAUGCCAUGGAGCACUUCAAUUACCAGCACAACAUGCUUAAGAUUGGUCAUGGUCUUGAGAAGAUCAGCAAAACUCAAUUUGCAAAUAUCCAUUGGUCGGCGGCUUCACUGCAAUGUGGUUUACCAGCAAUGCAAGCCAUAAUCAGUGAUUCAAACUUGGGAAUUGAUAUCAAGGGCCUAAAUCAUUUCUUCAAGGAGAACACAACUGAUUCUCUGAUGUUCCAAGUUGACCUUGCGAAACUCAUAGCAGUCACAGGGCCUUACACUAAAGCAAUUCAAUGUCUGGAAUUGGCCCAAACAACCUGUGCAGAUGUCUAUCUAUACUGGCUUGCCAUUGUCACACAGAUGGAACAACUGAUUCAGGGCAAUACAAUUCGACUAUGCAAAGAGACCAAAACUGCCAUUCAUGCAAUUACUAAUGCACAGUUCAAACAGAUGAUCAAUGAUGCACCAAAUGAUCCAUAUAUCACAGCAUUCUUCUCAAACCCAGAAUAUAGAGCAGCACAGAUCUACAAAAACAUCAAUCCUCUCAACUUGCCACCUAUUCAAUUAAGCAAAUCUAAUGGAACAUAUGCUGUUGUGUCCCCCAAAGAUGCGAUUAUCAAGAGAGUUGGCAUGAGUCUCCAAUGCAUGUUAAAGCACGAGUAUGGUGAUGUUUAUGAUGGGUCAUUGAAGGUCAAGCUCAAAGAGUAUUGCAAAGGUGCAGAUCCUUUCAACCGCAAGCCUUGUAAAAACAAGAAUGUUCAGGAUUGGUGGCUAGCUGUCCAGAAGGAUGAAAAUGUGCAGGCUCUCAUGAUCAAGUUAUAUUCCGUGGUACCAGUGCCAAUGGCUGACAAGAGGACUGUGUCAACUAUAAUGUGGCUCAAUAGCCCAACUCAGAGCAGACAAGACAUCACAACAUUAAAAGAAACCAUUCAAAUUCACCAGUGGCACCACUGGAAACCUGAUUCAGCAGCGUCAAAAACAGCUCCUUCAGUCAAAUGGUGUGAUAUGCAUGCAACCAUCCUUGGUGAUCAACAACCUGAGAAGCCAAUGGUCAUUCCACCACCAGCCCGACCACCUAUGAAAAGAGAUAUCACAAUGAAUGACUCAGAUGAUGAGACCAGCAAGGGAAAGUGGCCUGAUGAUGGUGACAAUGUGAGCCUUGAUGGAGAAGAAAGUGACAGGUUCGAUGUUGGUGAUCACAUCAACUUAUCAUCGGGAUUCCUUCUCGAUGUCCUCUCAGACCAGCCUGUGCAGCUUGAGCCAACCGCUCCCAUGAGUCACGGAGCUUCAUCCAAGCUGGUGGCUGAUGCUAUGACUUCGUCGGUGGCACUAAUGGAUGACGAGUGGGAGAUAUGGGAGUCUGCAGAGUAG